AUGACGGCUCUCGAAUCCCCUACGGUGUCCCUACCCAAGUCCGGCCUUGUUGUUAAAAUGGAGGACCGCAAGCGACUUGCUACGCAGGAUCCUGGUGAUUCGGCCCCCCCGUUGAAGAAACAAGCCACUACUGUUAAUGGAGGAGUAAAGGCGCACCCGGACACCGAUAUGCCAUGGCGCGAUGAUCUUGAGCGAUAUCAGAAAGAUGCAAUCUGGAGGCAGAUGCAAGAAUAUAAACGCGAGAAAACAACACUCGAAUCUCGGAUAAAGGAUCUAUCUAAGAAGAUGGCGUAUAAUGAAGAACACGUCAGUGUUCUUGAUGCAUGGCUUAAGCAGUUAAUUGAUGAAGUCAAAGUUAUAUCCUCUUCGGUAGACGAGUCCUCAGAAGAGAACCCCACAUACCAGACAUCGUUGCUUUUCAGCGGUCAUGAAGCAUUCGAAAAACACUUACAAGACCGAGCCAGCGAAAUUAAGGGUUCAAUAUCCCGUCUUCUCUCCAACGCAGCCAAAGCUACCCCAGAUAUCACCAGCUUGCAAUCCCAACUCGCAAAGAAGCUUGCGGAUGAAAAGGCUGUUAAUGUUGCCAUUGAGAAAGCGAUUGCAGAAAAGCAGCAACUUGAGGAACGUCUUGAGGCAGCAUCGUUGAGAUAUAUGGUAGCUGAGAAGAAAAUAGAUCGAGCCAAGAGCCUCACUGUUGCCAGACUGGAAAAACAGCACAUUCUCGGACCCCAUAAGUCAGGCGAUUCUUCUACAAAGCGAGAGGAAGGGCCAUCCACCAAUGGAACGACUGAUAACCCCGAAAAGGCCACCGAGAUGGAAAUGCUGUAUAAUACCACGCUUGCAGUAUCCAACAAGCAAAAGGAACAGCUAGAAAGGCUCGAAGCGGAAAAUUCCAAGCUGUUGACUCAGAUAACUGAACUCCACGUUAAGCUUUCAAAACUUUCCGACGAGGACUAUGCUCACUGUGACCUGUUUAAACAAUUAAAAUCUCAGCAUGAAGAUGUCAUCCAGCGGAUCAAUCAUCUAGAAGCGACCAAUAUCCAACUACGUGAAGAAGCUGAGAAGCUACAGGCCGAACGGACUGCAUAUCGAGUUCAAAUAGAAAACGAGGCUCAAAACACCAUUGGAGAAAAGGAAGCUCAGCUGGCGAAAACAGAAUCCAAUCUUGUUCGAAUUCGGAAUGCUCGAGACGAGCUAUUGGCAGAUCAGCAGAUGCGAAAGGCAGCGGAAGACCAGGAGAAGCAGUCAGUCACUCAAUUGAAAGAGCUGUUAGACGCCAAAGAAUCCCGGAUUACUUCUUUGGAGCAGGAAGUUCAUAGAGUGCAAUUGCAAAUCGAUGGAGUAAAGGACUCCCGGCCAAAUAAUAGCGAACUCUCACAUGAACAACUACGGACUAAGUUUGAUACACUUGAAAAGCAGUAUGAGAUGCUCAAUAUGGAACUAUCAUCUAUGCAGAUAGCCUUCCGGAAAUCUUCCAAGUUAGCAUCCCAAAAAAUUGCCGAUACAGCUACCGCUGAAGAAAGAGUCCAGCGUUUGAUGGCCGAGAAAUCAAAGGCCGAUCAGAAGUAUUUUGCAGCUAUGCAGAGCAAAGAAUCUCGGGAUGCGGAGCUUAGAUCUCUUCGGCUGCAAAACAUGAAGAGCUCUGAUAUCAUUUCACAACUCAAGGAGGCCGAGGCGGCAACGAGGACACUUGUCUCAAAUGUUGAGAAACAACUAAGUGAAACAAAGGAAGCGUUGACCAGUCUAACGAACCAGUAUCGAACGUCUCAGCACCAAGUCAACGAAGCAACCAUUGUUAUCCAGGGGUUGAAGUCACAAGUGGCUGAAUUAAAGGGUCAACUAGCGACCAAAGAUGCAACGCUCACAGCAGCUACGAAUAACUGCCGAAAGGCGGAGAGUGAGGUCGAAGGCCUCAAGGUCACACUUUCGGAUACUAAGAAGAGUUUGGAGUCCUGGAAAAGCCGUGGUUUGGGCAAUAACACAUCUGAAUAUGAGAUGUUAAGAACUCUUGCCCUCUGCACAGUCUGCCGGCGGAAUUUCAAGAAUACUGUCAUCAAGACCUGUGGCCACGUCUUCUGCAAGGAAUGCGUUGAAGAGCGAUUGACCUCCAGGUCCCGUAAGUGUCCGAAUUGCAACAAAUCCUUUGGCAGCAACGACCACAUGCAUAUUACCCUUUAA